GUUAUGAUCGGUUUAUUUGAAUUAUUGAAUUGAUAUCAGCGAUAUGAGGGAUCAGCAGAAAGCACCGUAUCAACGGGGACCAUGCAAAAGAGAGAUAGUUGCAGCCAUCAGGUGAGAACAAAAGGAAUUAUUUGCAACGAAUGGGCAUUUCUAAUCCUUAAUUGCACAGCACCAUUCGUACGACCACCUACGCUAGUGGUUGACAUCUCCUUUUUCUCUUUUUAUAGAUGCACCAGUCCCGAUAGGCACAUAUUUUUGUUAUUGGUCACAGCACAAUGCGCCUUAAUCGGGGUAUAACCAAAAUUACCGCAGAUCGGCCGGUUCACAGCGUUACACAAUACACAGCAAGAUGAUCGUGUUGAUGUCUCUCCAACAAGCAAUUGCGCUCAUGUGAGGAGCGCUCUGUUCCAGAAAAUUUCUAUUUCGGAACACCCGUCUAUAAAAAAAAAUCGGAUUUAAACCAUCCGUAAAUUAAAAGGAAAAUUUGCUUUUGUAAUGAACAGGUGGAACAGAAACUAUGAGAGUGGUUAUGGCAGGUACUACAACAAUUAUAACAAUGGCUACGGCAGGUACUACAACACAAAUUACAACGGAACGUAUCCGUAUCGAUCAUAUCAUGUCCCACAAACAUAUACCAGUUCUUACACGCCAUCGUCACGCUCCCAGAAAAGUAGCAGCGGAUUCGGUGCUCCCAGAAUUAUUUUCUUUAUCGUGGCAGGGGGCAUAGGCUUCAUCUUCCUGGUGCUCUUCAUCUUCAACUGGUGGGUGUUCGGCAGGCGGAACAAAAACUUUACCGAGAAGAUGAAGUCGGAGGGUAUUAGGCAGAUCAAGAAGGAAUUCAUAUCAGAUAACGCGCUCAGCUCAUUUGUGCUGAUGAACAGCUGCGUGAUAAACGGUGAAAACUGUCUGUCUGUGUUUCCUUUGCUCAACGAUGUGCACCUGGUGCUCGAAAAAGACACGGUCCUAGGAUCAGAGGUGAAGGACCGGCUGUACUACAGGAAGAAUUAUUUUGAGGUCAUGAUGCUGUACUACAAGGAAAGGAGCAGACUGCGGUACAUUCCUGUCAGCAACGUGCGAAAGCACAACAUAUUUGGCAUGAGCGGAUUUACCAAAUCAUUCAAACAGUCGAAGAAGAAUCGGUAUACGUUACUUACGUCAGCAAUAAAUUUUGUGGACAUUGUACUGCACCAGUCAACAUUUGGGCAGGCAGAUGAAGCCUUUCUGUUCUGCGUGCUCUCCGGAUAUUACAUCGAUAUCAUCAAGUACAAUUUUAUUGGCGAGCGUUUUGUCCUGGAUCGAUCCUAUUCAUUUUAUUUCGAGAAGGGGCUGGCAUCCGAGUGCUUUUCGUUCACUGUGGAUGCACUCUCAAAGAAACUGAGCGGCCAACAGAUUGAUAGCCUGAUAGAAACGAUUGAUAAUGAAGAUACCAAGGUCCGAAUGUAUUUAAGCGAAGUUGGUAAUAGUACGCACGUAAACAUCCCUGAACGCACAUAGAUGAACGGUAACCCAUAACCAUGGAUUUGGUGGUACAGAUACAAGGUCACGCCAAAACAGCGCCCUAGGAAUUGCACAGCAAGGUGGAAACCAGCGCGCUAAUUACGAUUGUGGAAUUGUUUGAAAGGCUGUGCAGCUGAAUAUCACACAGUAGAGGUCAUCGCGUAGUAAAGCAGGUGUAAUAAAAC